UUUUACCGCAGUCCUAUCCCACCAGUGCAGCCGGUAGCCUGUCUCGCGCGAUGAUCAAAUUCGCGGCAAUUUUGCUUAUGUGCGCGAGCGCAUACGCCGCGAAAUACAACUGCAGUGCUAAAUCCGCUUUAUUAAUACUAAAAAGACCAACAUAUGAGUUCUCAGUGAAAUUACUAGAUAGAGUCGCACAAGACAAUGAUAACCAUUUCGUGUUUUCGCCGAUCUCAACGUACCUCCAACUCCUGGCUCUUGCUGAAGGAGCCAAUGGGAGGACUUUGAGGGAAAUAAGGAACGUGACCAGACACCACCAAAAUAGGUGCUUCAGGAGAAAAUGGAGGUGGAUACUGAAUCGAUUGGACGCGGAGCUGGCGAUCGAAUCGAAACGACGCUCUUUGAUCGUGUUGGACAGAUUGAUGGCUAUCAAAAAGCCUUUCAUUAGAGAGAUUGAAAGGCUAAAGUCGAUGGAUGUUAUGCUGUUAGACUUUUACAAUUCAGCUUUGUCUGCUGAGAGGGCAAACAGAGAGAUUAGUGAUGCGACCAACGGUGUUAUAAAGGAAGUGUUCACUCCAAACGACUUCAACCCGAAGAUUCAUCCAGGGAUACUUAUGGCUGAUACGUCUUACUACAAGAGCGAUUGGAAAAUUCCCUUCGAUCCAGUUUACACGAGUUCCGAACCCUUUUAUUCGAGGACCGGCAAGGAAGCUGGAGAAGUGUUAAUGAUGACUCGCAUAGACUAUUUCAAUUAUGCAGAGAUACCUGUAAUAAACGCAAAAGUGUUGGAAUUGCCGUGUGGCUCUGACGACCGAGUGUCCAUGCUCGUAUUUUUACCUCUACGCAACAAUGACGAUGUGUUUUACUUGAUGCAAAAAGUGAGGUUAAUGUCAAUUUUUAACGCGUUCAAAAAGAACAAACCUAAAUUGGUGCACGUGAAAAUUCCUAAAUUUAAGAUAACUUCUGAUAUUGACAAUAUACCGGAGUUGGUGUAUGACAUGGGUGUGAAAAGUGUUUUUCAUCCAAAUUUAGCGAACUUGAAAGGUAUUACUGAUUUUAAAUUGUACGCAUCUUUAAUGACUCAGAUAGCAGAUAUUGAAAUAACAGAAAAAGGUGUGCAAACUGCUGUAGCAGGGUUUUUAGUGUCAGAUAAAAAUUCCAUAGAAUUUUUCGCGAAUAAACCGUUCGCGUACAUGUUAGUCGAUAAGAAAACUGAAAUUAUUCUGUUUGGUGGUAUGUAUUCGAUUCCUUUAGGAAUGAAUGAUUUAUCAUUAUCAAAUGAAACGUAGUCAUUUUUUUAUAAGUUUUUAUUUAAACAAUGCUUAAAUUUAACAUUUGACUUAUGACUAGUAUCACAAAAACAGCCUCGCUUAAACAUAUGGCUUUGU